CAAUUUAAAAGGAUUUUAUACAUUUUUCAUCAGAUUGAAAUUAUCAACUUGAGCAAGGAACAGUUUAUAAUCUUUUGGCUUAAAUAUUACAUCAUUAACAAUGCUUAUAGACUGGUCUUGGCUCUGGCAAGGUUAACCCUAUUGGAUAUUUGAAUCUGGUCUCCAAACAUCAUAAAGUCUAGGAGAAACUAUAAUAGACUUAUAGCAAAGGAUGUAUGCCGACCUUUGAGUUUGUACAAUGAAAUAAAUGCAUAAUUUUACAAGUGUUUACUCGGAAGGUUGGUGUUUGGAGCCUAUAAGAAUUGUCAGAAAAGUAAACAAUAUUCCUUCAAGUUGACAAUGGCAUUGAAUUGAAAUUAGUUUGUUUUGUACAUUAUAGAAAAUGUUGCUAUUAAAUCAAACAGGAAUGUUAAGUUUCAAGACAAAUUGCAAGCAUAUUGCAUUAAAUUAAGUAGCUUUAUAUAUGAUGGUGUUAUAGUAUAUGAAGAGGGAUAUUGAUUGAGAUUUGAGAGAAACGGCAAGAGACGUCAAGAAAAGUGAACAGUUCACCAGCCAAUAUUAAUACAGAGAAAACAUAGAUGCUAUUGAUGCCUAGUGAUAAGGUGAUUUCAAAUAGCAGGCAAUCAUAAUAAGAAUCAACUUGAAGGAACAAUAAGAGUAAUCAGAGGGUAAUUUCCAAUCAUCUCAAUGAUAAAUCAAUCACCAACAACACAUACAAUGAAAAUCGACAACCGAGUCGAGAACAAGAUCAAAUUGGAGUUGAAUCCUGAAGGAGCACAAGGUGGUUAUACCACAGAUGCUGACUUUAAGAAACAGCAGUUGAGGCAAAUAGUUAUAGCCCAGGCUAGGAUGUUACAGAGAUCAAAGACGCAGCCAGAUAUUACCCACAAGCCUCCAAUGGGAGCUGGGGGAGGCAUGUACCAACAAAGGUCCAAAACACCAACUGCUAGCGGAAGCAGUGCGAGUGUAGAGCUCCAUAGGAAUCAAAAACUACGGAGUAUAUAUGGAGCAUGUUGUGGGAUAACUCUUCUAGGAGAGGAGCAGCAUUUAAACUUCAGGCGUGCAAUGUCGUCUAAGGGGUCUAGGACUUUAGGAACAACACGGAGGUACCAAGGAGGCUUGAAUGCUUGUGUGUGGGGUGGUGGUAUUAUGGACCAGGGGGUGGAGAUGAUAGGUGUUCACCCUUAUGCUAACUGGUAUGUCACCCAUGAUUAACUCAUAGUGGUACUUGCAUGUUUAAUUUUAAGAGGCACGUGCUGAUAUUAUGAAGCAAGUAUACAGCAAGUAUACAGUGCACAUCAUGACAGACCAUUUAAUGGUCUCAGUAUUGAUAUGUAUAUUUUUUCUUCUGUGCAAUGCUACUGUGAGUUUAUCUGAUGGCAAUUAAUAAACUCUGUUGAUGAACAUUGCAUUGUACUGUACUGUAUUGCAAUUAGAACAGUAACAUUUUUAUGUUACCAACAAUAUGUUACCACCAGAAGUGGUGACAUAUUGUCAGAUUGUUAUUAUAGUCUCCAACUUUUUUUUGAAUGGUGUUCGGUGGUUGGUGUUUGGUAUUUGGCAGUUGUUUUUAGCGGUUGGCAUCUGCAACAAUUGCAAGGUAGUGACAUUUGGAUGUUAAUACCUUGUUAGCCUUGUUGUUUUUUGCAAAUAAUUGAG